GUUCUUGUAUUUUUUUAUUUUCCUGGAAAAAAAUUAAAUAUUUCUAAAAAUUACCAAUUUAUAACAGAAAACUAUAAAAUUUAUUAUGAAUAAUCUCUAUAAAUUAAUACAACCCACAUGGCGACAAGUAAUACAGCCACAACAAAGCCUGAUAAAACGUUUUUAUGCCUCAGUUCCUAAACGUUUCUAUAAGAAAACCUCAGUGCUGUAUAAUGAUGGCAGCUAUGAAGUGACUUUGGAUCAUCGUAAAUUGAAAACACCCAAGGGUGCUCCAUUCAGUUUGAAAAGUGAACCCUUAGCUAUAGCGGUGGCCACAGAAUUCGAUAAUCAAAAAGAGCACAUAGAAAGUUCGAAAAUGCACUUGUCCGCCCUGUGCUUUACGGCCAUUGAUAAUCCCAAUAAUCAUUCAAAAAUCGAUAUGGUUAACUAUUUGUUGAAUUUUAUACCCACAGACACCAUACUGUUUCAGUAUGAUGACGAAAAGGAUUUGCAUGAUUUGCAGCGCAACGAAUGGGAUCCUUUGAUCGAAUGGUUUAAUGAACGUUAUGGUACAAAUUUACAGAAAACCAUGACUAUAACACCACCACAAAUAUCCGCGGAGGAUAAAAUGAAAAUCUCCAAAUAUUUAAUGUCACAUUCGGAUGACGUUUUGUAUGGUUUCGUUUAUGCUAUUGAUACUUUGAAAUCCAUUAUCUUGGCUUUUGCUGCCAUUGACCAACGUAUAUCGGUGGAGAAGGCUGUUACGCUGGCCCGCUUGGAAGAGGAAUACCAGCUGAAAUUUUGGGGACGUGUUGAAUGGGCUCACGAUAUAGCCCAACAAGAGUUACAAGCCCGUUUGGCAGCUUCUGUUUUAUUUGUGCAUCUAAAUCGUUCGGAUUAUUUUGUCAAGGAGAAAACUUUAGUAUAAAUUUUUGUUUUAAUUUCCUGAGAUGGAAACACACUGACUGUAAUUGUGUUUAGUUUUAUAAAUAGUGUUUUAAAAGUUGUUACUACUGAUGUACGAGUUGAAGGUAAGCAGAGUUUGAAGAUCUUUUUUAAAAAAAGAUAUUCAAUGUUAAAGAAUUGUGGUUAAAUAAAAUAAAGAAAACUUCGAAGGAAUUUAU